GGGAGGGGAGGGGGGGGACGCUUGAAGUGUGGAGGCAGCGGCGCUCUGACCUCACUUUUGAAAGACACUCACUCCCACUCUCUCGCCUCUCUCUAGAAUUUCUGCAUCCCGCUCUCAGUGGCAAAGCAGCCGAGCGGCAACAGCGAGGAGCUGACACCUUGCCGCGGAGGGACCAUCAUGCUGUCAUCGUCGUCCGUCCACGUGUGAGGGAGACUUUAGCGCCAGGGACAAAAAGGCUGCACGAUCGAUCUACGUGAAGGUGAAGCAUCAUGGUCCCAAGAGUUCACAUGUUCUGCCUCCUCGUGAGCGCCUUGCUCAGCUUCUCGUCCGCCGGCCUGGUGACAAAAAUACUUCGGCAUCGCCGCCACUUGCCUCAGGAGAACAACGUCACCUCAUCUGGUGCGGACCGCCAGCCGGUGGUCUUUAACCAUGUUUACAACAUCAACGUCCCUGCUGGCCACCUGUGCUCUGUCGACCUGGACGCCACGGAGAGCGCAGCGCCUACGGAAACGGACGUCACCUCCGGCCGCUACCUUCCCGCCGACGGGGAGAGCCAGAUCGUCUUCACCCACCGCAUCAACAUACCUCGCGGGGCCUGCGGCUGCGCCGCCGACCUGCCGCGAGUCCGAGACCUGCUGAGCCGCAUCGAGAUGCUGGAGGGCGAAGUGUCGGCGUUGAGGAGCCGGUGCGGGGGCGGCGCCAGUGUCUGCUGCGAAGCCCAGGCAGCAAGGAACGCGAGGAGCGGUCCGCUGUGCGGUGGCCACGGAAACUACAGCGCCGAGACGUGCCGAUGCACGUGCGAGCCCGGCUGGAAGGGCAGCGACUGCACCGACGUGGAGUGCCCUGAAAACUGCGAAGACCACGGCCAUUGUGAGGACGGCAAGUGUGUCUGCGACGAGCCCUGGACCGGUUCCGACUGCUCCGAGCCGCUCUGCCUCAACGAUUGCCUGGGUCACGGGCUGUGCGUCAACGGAAGCUGCCGCUGCGAGCCCGGAUUUUCCGGCGAGGACUGCGGACAGCUCCGCUGUCCCGCCGACUGCCACGGUAACGGCAUCUGCGUGGAUGGCCGUUGCGCAUGCGCGGCGGGUUACGGCGGCGACGACUGCGCCCGCUUGGCUUGCCUCAACGACUGCAACAAUCGAGGCGCCUGCGUCAACGGAAUGUGCGUCUGCGACGCCGCCUACCGAGGCGACGACUGCGCCCGCUUGGCGUGUCCCGACGACUGCAACGGCCGAGGCCAGUGCGUCGACGGGCGCUGCGCCUGCGACCUCGGCUUCCGAGGAGACAACUGCGGCGAGCUUUCCUGUCCCAACGAUUGCCUGCAGAGGGGGCGCUGCGUUAACGGGCAGUGCGUGUGCGACGAAGGCUUCGGCGGCGAGGACUGCGGCGUCAAAACCUGCCCGGCCGACUGCUACGGUCGCGGGGACUGCGUGGAGGGCCGCUGCGCGUGCCACGCCGGCUUCACCGGCGACGACUGCGCCCUGCUGAGCUGCCCCCGCAACUGCCGCAAUCGCGGGCGCUGCCUGGACGGACAGUGCGUGUGCGACGAAGGCUUUGCCGGCGACGACUGCGGUCGUAAGGCUUGCCCCAACGACUGCCUGGCUCGAGGCCACUGCCGCGACGGCGCGUGCGUCUGUCAAGACGGCUACUCGGGCCGCGACUGCUCCCGGCUCACCUGUCCGGAGAAGUGCAACGGCAGGGGGCGCUGCGUCAAGGGCAAGUGCCAGUGCGAAAGCGGGUACGAAGGGGUAAGCUGUGCAGAGAGGAGCUGCCUCAACGGCUGCCACAACAGAGGAGUCUGUGUCCAGGGUCAGUGCAUCUGCGACGAAGGCUACAUCGGAGAAGACUGCUCUGAAGUGUCGCGUCCUAAGAAUCUCACCGUGGGUGAAGUCACCACGGAGACGGUGGACUUAUCCUGGAUCAACGACAUGCUGGUGACCCAAUACCUGGUCACGUAUGUGCCCACCCAACCCGGCGGGCUCCUUUUGAACUUGACCGUGCCCGGAGACAAAAGCACGGCCACGCUCAAAGAGCUGGAGCCGGGUUUGGAGUACAGCAUCAAGGUCUACGCCAUUCUGAGCAACGAGACGAGUGUGCCGGUUAGCGCCAGCGUGGCCACAGCUCUUCCGAAACCAAAAGCUUUGAGAUUCAAGUCUGUGAACGAGACCUCCGUCGAGCUGGUGUGGGAGCAGCUCAACUUUCCCUUCGAUGGCUGGGAGAUCCACUUCCGCAACAUGAAAGAAGAAAAUGGAAAGGUGGUGAGCACAGUUCCCUCAUCUCAAAACCGCUUCCUCCAGUCUGGCCUGGGGCCGGGUCAGGACUACGAGGUGUCCAUCAGCGUUAUAAAAAACAACACCAGGGGUCCACCGGCGAUCCAACGAGUCACAACCAACAUUGACGCCCCGCAGCGGCUCCAAGUGUUGGACGUGAGCGACUCCUCGGCGCUGAUCGGCUGGUCUGAGCCCGCGGCGCCGACGGACCGGGUGACGCUGCUUUACAAGCCCAGCCGAGCCUCCUCCGAGGGCGCCGAGGUGGAGAUCUUCCCGCCGGACAAGCAGCACAGCCUGGAAGGCCUGAAGCCCGACACGGAGUACACGGUGUCACUGGUGGCCCGCAGAAAAAAUGUCAGCAGUGAGCCGGCCACCGUCACCUUUACCACAGCUCUGGACGCCCCCCGGGAGUUGCUGGCCGUGCUGCAGACAGAAAACAGCAUCACCCUGACGUGGCGCAACAAUCUGGCCGACGUGGACAACUAUCGUGUGAAAUACAGCCCGCUGUCUGGCGCUGCCCACGGCGAGGAAGUGUUCCCGCGAGGACCGGGACAAAGCACCACGGCCACAAUCACGGGGCUAAAGCCAGGGACCGAGUACGGGAUUGGCGUGACCAGCGUGAAGAAUGAGCGGGAGAGCCUCCCAACCACCAUAAACGCAGCGACGGAUCUGGACCCUCCCCAAGGUCUGGAGCAAGCCGAGUCUACGGAGACGUCCAUCCGCAUCAGAUGGGAGAAGCCGCACGCCAAGGUGUCCCGAUACCGGCUGGUGUACGUCUCCAGAGACGGACAAGUGGAGGAGGCGGAGAUCCCCGCCUCGGAGACGACCUUCGUCUUGCCCGACCUAACGCCAGCAACGAGUUACACCGUCACCUUGACGGCCGAACGAGGCCACAGGAUGAGCUCGCCGGUCACUCUGGUGGCAUCCACAGCAGAGGCAGCCAGGCCCUCAGCGGGGCCCUCAGCGGGGCCCUCAGCGGGGCCCUCAGCGGGGCCCUCAGCGAGGCCCUCAGCGAUCCCUUCAGCGAUCCCUUCAGCGGGCCCCUCAGCGGGGCCCUCAGCGAGGCCCUCCGUGGCCAACCUCACCUUCUCCGACAUAACCUGGGACGGCUUCACGGCCUCCUGGAGCCCCUCGGGCGGCGACUUCGACAGCUUUGUGGUGGAGGUAACAAACUUGGACGAUAUGGCGCAGAGCCAGAACCUGAGCGUGUCGGGCGGCGCGCUCAGCCUGGGGCUGUGGGGCCUGAACGCCAACACCACCUACAUGGUGGUCCUGUACCCCCUCUACCGGGACACCUUUCUGGAGCCCGUGUACGGCCAAGCCACCACAGCGUCUCAGCCGUCGCUCGGUGAAAUUAACGUGUCCAACGUGACGUCCGAGAGCUUCUCGGUGGUCUGGAACCACACCGAGGGCCCCUUGGACGGCUUUGUCCUGGAGAUUAUUGACUCCGAUUGGCUGAUGAAGCCGAGGGAGUACAACCUGUCCCGCUUCGCAACGGCACAUCAGGUGUCGGGGCUGCGGCCCGCCUCGGACUAUGUAACCUUCCUCUACGGGACGUACAAAGGAGCCCGAACGAGCGCUGUCAGUGUCGUUGCGACCACAGCGGAAGAGCCAGAUUUGUCCCAGCUAGUUGUCGCUAACGUUACCUCAGACCGAGUGUCUCUGACGUGGCGGGCGGCUGCCAAGACGUUUGAUAACUUUGUCGUAGAAGUCAGAGAGUCUGCUUUACCCUCGCAGGCCAUGGGUCAGGUUCUGCCGGGCCACGCGCGCUCCACGCUCAUGGCCGGCCUUAAAGCCCGUACACAUUACAAUAUAAAGCUGUACGCCAGCACCGGCGGCAGCAACACGCCGCCCCUAUUCGCCGAGGCCACGACAGAGGACGCCCCCGUGUUGGGGCCGGUGAGCGCGCUGUCUAGCGGUCCGCAUAACCUCAGCGUGAGCUGGACCAUCGCGUCCGGCCACUUUGACGGCUUUGUUGUCCGUGUCGGUGACGCCGAGCAACAGUCUGAGGCGCGAGAGUUCAGUUUGCCCGGCCACGCCACAAACCUUACCGUCUCUGACCUGAUGGACGCCACGAGCUAUAACGUGGAAGUUUACGGCUUUUCCCACGGCCGCCGCACUCCCUCCACGCUUGUCCACGCCGUCACAGCACCUUUACCCAAAGUGGAAAACCUGACCAUUUCCAACGUCACCCCCUUCGGCUUCCGUGCGUCGUGGAGCGUGAAGCAGCGGCAGCCGCGGGAAGACUCGGCGUGGUCCUCCUCCGGGGCUUUCAGCCACUUUAACCUAGUGGUGACUGACUCGGGAUGGCUUCUGGAGCCUCAGGAGUUCAAGGUUCCGGGAAACCAGAGCCACCUGGACGUCGGGGGGCUCAUCACCGGGAUAGGCUAUGAGGUCAGGCUGACGGGCGUGUCAAAGGCGGGGCUCCUCUCUCGGCCCCUCACCGCGCUUGCCCUCACAGAGGCAGAACCCGAGGUGGAGCACCUCUUUGUCUCCGACAUCACGGCCGACAGUUUCCGCGUGUCGUGGGCGGCGGACGAAGACCUCUUUGACAGAUUUGUCAUCAAACUACGGGACAGCAAAAGAUUGGCCCGUCCUCAGGAGCACAUUGUCCACGGUGCUGAGCGGACCAGGCUAAUCACUGGACUCAUGGCAGGCACAGAGUACGAAAUUGAACUUUAUGGCCUUUCUUUGGACCACCGCUCCCAACCGAUCAUUGGGGUUGCUCAGACAGGCCUGACUACUCCAAAGGGCCUUCGUUUCUCCGACGUGACCGACUCGUCAGCCGUGGUCCACUGGUCCACGCCUCAGUCCGCCGUCGACAAUUAUCAUAUCACCUACACGCCAUUUGAAGGAGGUAACCCGAUGAGCGUAACUGUGGACGGCGGGGUGCUGCAGGCUCUCCUGCCCAACAUGAGUCCCGGCAGGAUGUACCAGGUGACCAUCAGCGCGGUGAAGGGCCUGGAGGAGAGCGAGCCGAGCGGCGACGUCGUAACCACUGCUUUGGACCGACCUCAAAGUCUGACGGCGCUUGACAUCACAGACAGCUCGGCCCGGUUGCUCUGGGAACCCCCCGUGGCUGCGGUGGACGGAUACGUGAUAACGUACAAUUCCGAGUCAGUGGCCCCGAUCGUGGAGCGCGUUUCUGGAACCGAGUUGCAGAUAGGCUCGCUGCUUCCAGGCACUCUCUACUCAGUGGAACUGUUCGCCACCAGGGAGGCGCAGAUGAGCGCGUCUGUGCUGACGCAAUUCACCACCAAGGUGGACCCCCCUCGAGAUCUGGUGGCCGUCAACAUUCAAACGGACAGCGCCACUCUGACAUGGAGACCCCCGCAAACCGCCAUUAGCGGUUACUCGCUCACCUUCUCCGCAGCAGAUGGCACCACCCGGGAAGUCAUGCUGAGUUCCACCGCCUCUUCGUACAACAUGGCCCAGCUGGCCAGGUCCACAGAGUACACGGUACACCUGCAAGCCAUCGCCACAGCUGGGCGGAGCCAACACGGGACCACAGUCUUUAGCACAGUGGGCCAUCAGCAUGAUUACCCCAAAGACUGCGCUGAGCUCUUCCAGAACGGGGAAAACACGUCUGGCGUGUAUGCCAUCUACGUGGCCGGCGUCAAGAGCCAGCUCAUCCAGGUCUAUUGCGACAUGGAGACGGAUGGCGGCGGCUGGCUGGUCUUCUUGAGACGGCAAAAUGGAAGGCUCGAGUUCUUCAGGAACUGGAAGAACUAUACCGCUGGUUUUGGGAACAUGAACGACGAGUUCUGGCUGGGUCUGGGCAACCUUCACAAGAUCACCGCCGCUGGCCAGUACGUGCUGCGCGUGGACCUGAGGCAUGCCAGAGACAUAGCCUACGCUCAAUAUGACAAGUUCUCCAUUGCCGAGCCCAGAACGCGUUAUAAGCUUUACAUCGGCGCCUACAGUGGGACAGCAGGUGACUCCAUGACGUACCACCAGGGCCGUCCUUUCUCCACUUUCGACAACGAUAAUGACGUCGCCGUCACCAACUGCGCUUUGUCCUACAAGGGAGCCUUCUGGUACAAAAACUGCCAUCGUGUCAACCUGAUGGGGAAAUAUGGAGACAAAAGUCACAGUAAGGGCGUCAACUGGUUCCACUGGAAGGGCCACGAAACCUCCAUCGAGUUUGCCGAGAUGAAACUCCGACCGGCCAACUUUGGGAAUCCUGAGAGCAGGAGGAAAAGAUCGUAGAGUCGCACGUGAGGACUAAGCUCCUUGCCUAAAACACACACGUACACAUUCAGUUCGACGCUCGGGCCCAUCCCUCCAGGGACAAAGGGCUUAUUUGUUCAUCGUGUAUUUGGUACAUUAUCCACAUGAUCAUCAUUGGCCUGUAAUGUUAAAUUUGAACCUGAACUCUGCAUUAGUGAUCGUUAAAUUGAGCUUUAUUUACUGUGUAGGAGGCACUGUAGAAUGUCAGAGAAAAGUGCAUGUCAUUUCCAUUGAUAGCCACUAGGUGGCGGUGUUCACCAGUUUCUACCCUUACUUUAACUACAUCGCUGAUAAAGUAUUCUGGUUAUGUUACACACAAAUAAAUAAAUAAAUGACUGAACAGACA